UAUCCCUCGGGCUUUACUUAAGCUAACUGUUACAGAUUGUCAUUUUUUUUUUCGCCCAGGAGAAAAGGACAAAAUGGCUUUAAACCAAGAAUCUGUAUUGUCCUUUUUGCUGGAACACGGAGGAAAAGUGAAGAACUCGGAGCUGGUGAACAAUUUUAGGAGUCAGAUCAACUGCAGCGAUCCCGCUGAAAAGCUGCACAAUAGGGACCUUUUCAAGAAGUUGGUGAACAGCGUCGCUGUGGUCAAACAGAUCGACGAGGUAAAGUUUGUAGUUGUGAAGAAGAGGUACCAGGACUUUGUUAAAGAGGGGGCGCACGAUGCCCCUCAGAAAACGCAGAUGGAUGACAGUUUCUCGAGCCAAAGUACUAGCUUUUCGUACACAUCUCCUCAUCGAGCCGAGGCGGCCAGGAUGAUUUAUUCAGACAUUGAAAACAAUAAUAUGGGCUGUCCACUGAACAUAAAUGGCAAUUAUUAUGGUGAUGCCACACGUAUGCAGGGAACAAGGCCGUUAUCCAGAGACAUUACUAGUGCGGACACAACCGCUGUCAAAGUCCUGAAUAUCUCCGGAGAUCAUGCGAGCAGAGCGGGUAAAGCUGGAGCUGUGUUCGCUGUCAUAGCAGUAAAAUCCCCACCGAGAGAUUCUGCACCAGAGGCACAGGACGGAUUAUGUUCCAAAGUGCAUCUUCAUAAAACUUCAGACAAACCAGUCACGCUGGGAACUAAGGUUUCUACACCAUCAGUGCAAACUCUGAAUUCUAACUUUCCAGCUUGUAAUAAGGACGCAUUAAGUGAACACCAGUGUCGGAAGCCCAGACAGACAGAGGACACGCAGCCCCCGGGCUUUCCCCAGGUGAGGCCCCAACACAAGACCACAAGACACGCAGAUGAUGCCAAGUACUUUGAGUCUGUGCCCUUGGAGCCAUUAGCUCAUGAGUGGUUGGUAAAGUGUGCUGCUGGACUGUGGGGGCAAAUCCAUGCUUUGCUACUGCGGGACACACGGUUAGCACAGAAAAAAGACUUCAUGUCAGGUUUCACAGCACUACACUGGGCCGCCAAGGACGGAAACAGCGAAAUGAUACAUAAGCUCAUGGAUAUCUCCAGGAAAAGGGGCACUUACAUUAACAUCAACAGAAAAGCACAUGGAGGAUACACGCCUUUACACAUAGCAGCCAUACACGGCCACACUGAGGUUAUGGUUUUGCUUGUGCAAGGGUAUGGAGCCAAUGUUAAUGAAAGAGAUAACGCUGGCAAGAAGGCCUUCCACUACCUGGGCAAAGGUGUCUCACCUGAGAUCAGAGCACUUUUGGGAGGACUGCAGCAGAGCAAGUACAGGGAGAAGACAGAAGAGGAAGACUACAGAGAGCACCCGAAAGGCUUCAACACUAUCAGUAAACUGUUCCAGCCUCACACAGGGAAGAAACAAAAGACAACAACCAAGUUUACGCAGGACUGGUGAGAAUGACAGGGAUCACAUCAAACUGUGAGAUGAACAAUGACAAAAUCGUAAGAGAUAAUAGUGUCUUAAUUUCUAUAUCGUGUUGAUAUUAACUAAAACCAUUGUUAAGUAUGCUUUAGAUCACUUAAAAUCUAUAACUGAAUUACAAAUGUGUAGUCUCACAGUAGUUAUUGCAAGCUCUAGCUGUCCUGUAUAGUGUAUCACUGCUGCAUGUACUAUUUAUGAAUGGUAUUUAUAAUCUAAUCAUCUUUUUUUCUUUAGUUGAAUUCCAUGUAUUAACAACGUGUGUAAUUUGUCACCCAUUUUAAUAACAACACAAUCCGUGGUAGUGAUACUGUACAUAUCUUCACCACUCAAUGUGUAAUAAAUCUCUUUAAAGUCUUGACUUCAGUGUAUGAGGAAAUAUGAGAACAGGCCACACCUGGGAAACAGUUGCUAUCAGCACCGGUGUGAAACAUGCCAUUGUGUUGUUGUUGUGGAAAGCUCAUUGCUUUUGUGCACAACAGAUCAUAGCUUUAUGAUAUUCUGAUCAUCAA